AUGCUGCAGCUGAAGCGCGACGACUACCUGCUCGCGGGAACUCCGUGGCACGUGCUCGAGGAGGUCGCCGAGGGUAACUUCUCCCGCGAAUACGAACUUGCCAAGGCCCUCUUCAUCGGUGCCGUCCGCGGUGGCUUCCUGGACUUUAGCACCAAGGAGUUCUACAUGGACCGCGUUUACACCCAGUUCACGUUCCCGUCGUUGCUCUCGGAGGAGGCGGCCCGUUGUCAGGCCAAGGUAACGCGGGAAUUCCACACCAACGAUCCGAUUGCGCUGGUGUUUGAGAAAAUAAAGCGCUGUCUGGAGGUUUACGAGCCGCUGCUGGACCUGCUGAAGGAGUCGGCGGCCCAGCUGGUGGCCAAGAAGCCUAAAGGGUGCGGUGGAAAGUCGAGCGGGUGUGGAUGUCACAGCUGUUGCGCUGAACGGAACGAUGCGUACUACCCGAGGCCGCAUUAUUGA